AUAAUUCUUUUUUUUUUUUAGUUGUUAUGAUACAAGAUCCGUCAGCUGACGUCCUUUCAAACGUAAAGAUUGUGUUGCGAGGACCUUAUUGCACAAACGUGUCUCUUUGUUGGCGGCUAGCGAGCUAAGCUAAACCAGACUAGCGAGUCCUAAAAGCCUUCGACGUGCACCGAGACACCAAGACGGAAGGAAGGCUGUUUGAAGACACUAAAGUAGUGAUUGUCGUACUUGGACAUAAAAGACGUCGUUAAGGGCGCGCCUGAGUAUAGUCAGAAAAUAUUUUUUUUUUACAUGAUUAUUAUCCACUAUAUAAAAGUCCCAAAAUAGUGAUUGGGGAGAAAUGAAUGAUUGAGGACUUUUGAACACAAUCAAUCUUUAUUCAUUUUCUAUGAAGAGCUCACUUCCCGUUUCCUGUUUUCGAUGAACUGCGAAUGAGUCCAAGCUAACUAAUAAUUACUUGGCAUCUUUUUGUCAUUUUAAACUUGCCACAUUUCAUGGACGAGAAUGACUCGCCACGGGAAAAAUUGCACAGCUGGAGCCGUUUACACGUAUCACGAGAAAAAGAAAGAUACAGCCGCAUCGGGUUACGGCACACAGAGCAUUCGUCUUGGUAAAGAUGCCAUCAAAGACUUUGACUGCUGCUGUUUAUCCCUGCAACCUUGCCAGACUCCUGUGGUCACCUUGCUAUAAAAAGAAGUCAUUGUGCAGACCUGGAUUAUGCACUCGUAGCAGUCCAGAUGGAUUCUUGUAUGAAAAACAAGCUAUUCUUGAAUACAUUUUGCAUCAGAAGACGGACAUUGCCAAGAAAAUGAAGGCCUAUGAGAAGCAAAAACAAGCUCAGAAGAAUGACAGUCAGCUUGAAUCCAAGUCAGAGGAAAGAGAGAAAGUAGAGAAGUUUAAAACCAGGGAGAACAGCAUCGUUUCCAAACCCAUCAAUCCUUUCACUUCAGGGCAAAAUAGAGUGGGUGAGAAAAUCAGGAUGGACAGUAGCUCCUCAUCCUCAGCACCAUCUUGCAGUGGUCCAGUGGCGUCUUCCAGCAAGAGUCUGCCCAGCUUCUGGAUUCCUUCUCUGACACCUGAAGCAAAGCCCACCCUUCUCAAGAAACCAAGUAAGGCUGUGUUGUGUCCGAUGUCAGGGCGGCCAAUUAAAAUGAAUGAGCUGAUCACGGUGCGGUUCACCCCAGUUGACCCGAGUCUGGACCGAGUGGCCCUGAUCAACCGCCAGGACAGGUACGUCUGUGCAGUAACGAAAGAUGUCCUUGGGAACAGCAUUCCCUGCGCUGUCCUGCGACCUUCGGGCAGCGUGGUGACCCAGGAGUGCGUGGAGAAACUCAUCAAGAUGGACAUGACCGAUCCUGUGAGUGGAGACAAGCUCUCCGACAAAGACAUCAUACCACUACAGAGGGGAGGAACGGGAUUUGCAGCUGCUGGUGUAGAGCUUAAGGCCAAAGAAGCCCGUCCAGUGAUGCAAGUAUAAACGAUCUGUGAAUUAGUAUCAUGGUAUCUAAAAAUGUAAUUUUUGUAAACUGUAGGUAGUCAAAAAAUGCCAUUUUUGUCUGUAGCAUUUGAUACCUUGGACAUGUUCAUGAGUGUAGCAAUUUUAUUUUUGUGUUAUUGGAGAAAGUUGAAAUGCAAAUAAAAAAGGAACUGGUCA